AAAAACAUAACAAUAAAAUUUUCUACUUCUUUUGUGGCUUUCAAAUAAAUAAAUAAAUUUCCUUUUUCGUUGCGCGACUUCCAGACGAAAGGGGAAGACAGACAGACGACGGAGAAGAUGGCGUCAGCAAAGAUGGCUCUGGUUCUGGCCGUGUGCUUAGCCGCCGCAAUGAUCCAGACGUUGAACGCGGACCCGGCCGUGUACGACCCCGUUUGGCAGAAGCGCGCCGAGGAAGCCAAGAAGAACACCAUGAAUGCUUACAUACCGGACGUCAUGGAAGUCAGCAACGACAAGAACGCCGGCGACACCACCGUCGUCGUCGAGUCCGCUGCCGGACAGGCUCCGCUUGCAGCUGUCGCCGGAGGUGCCGCCACCAGCCCUGCUCCUGCAGUCGCGGAGCCAACAGGCGACAAGAAAGUUAGUGGCAAUUAAUGUUGUUUAAUGAUGACACACCUUGUAAAAAAAAAUAAUUAAGCUUGAAAUGGUGAACUAAUUCCAUUACCUAAUCAAAGCUUUGUUUUAAUUUGAAUGUUCUGCGAUCUGAAGAUUUGAAUUCCAUGAUUCCAUUUUAUUACCUGCUUCCGUUGUCUAUAGUAUGUGCUUUUGCAUGCACGUCUCCAGAUAUAUAUAGUUCUACAUAUCAACACCUUGUUAAUUGUUACAAGAACGAAACCGAAUGAGCGGUUGACCGUCAAACUAGUUACAUUAUGAUUACUAGAAUAUUAGGGAUGGAUCAAAACGGUUGGACAUGAAACCAUAUGAAAUAUCACAAUUUGAAUGGUCCAGUACUUUGAUUUACCAUUUUUACUACACAAAAAAUAUUUUAACGUAAA